GCCGUGCGCAGCUUGUACCUCGCGCUGAUUAAACGUCACGCGGAAGCUGAAGCUCCGGUUUUAUAAUAUUAAGCGUCGUAUUCACAUUUAAUUACAAUUAAUAAUCAUUUAGUUUCAUAUACUCGUGGAAUUACGAUUUGAACGUAUAUUCAACCAAAAUUACCGGUUAAAUAACGCGGUUUUCUCUAAAGUUUAUAUAUUCAUGAGGUCCUGAUGAUCUCUUCCGUAAGUGUAACCCAUCCGCCAUCUGUUAUCCGUCCAUGAUUUUCAAUUAAUCUGAAAACGCGUGAUCCGCAUUUGCGGACCGAGUUUUGGCCUCAUGAGUUCCAUGAGCUCAAUCCGGGGUCACAUCCGGUCCGCCCUGCGGGGGCUGUCCACGGACAGCGGGGACACCCCGGUGGGCGGGGUGACGCGGGGCAACACCGUCAAGGCCCUCGAGAGGAAGGUGGUCAACCUGCAGGGGCAGGUGGUGGACCUGCACUCCCGCAUCCUCGAGGCCGAGUCUAAAGCCGCCGCUGAGAGGCGCAGGAAAUUAGACUCAAAGUUCAAGCAGAAGUUCAAGCAGCAGCGCCUGCCGGCCUGGCAGCCCAUCCUGACAGCGGACACUGUCCUGCCAGCCUUUUUCCUCAUCGGCCUUCUCUUCGUACCCCUCGGCGUGGCCUUACUGCUCUUCUCUGAUGGGGUGGUGGAGGUGCAGGUGGACUACACGGAAUGCCCGAGCGUCGACCCACGACACCGGGAUCCCCUUGGAGGGCACUUCUUGUGCAAGGACCUCAUCCUGAGGCCUGAGUUUGUGCCCGGAGAAAACUUUUGCUACUGCGACAUCGAAUUCAACGUCACCACUGCCAUGGAGAACGAGGUAUUCAUGUACUACGGGCUGGACAACUACUACCAGAACCACCGUCGCUACGUCAAGUCUCGGGACGACAAGCAGCUGGCGGGCAAACAGGUCACGGACGUGUCCGACUGCAGUCCCUUCGACCGCGACAACAGAAGCAGAAUUUACGCGCCCUGUGGAGCCAUCGCUAACUCCUUCUUCAACGAUUCGCUGAAACUGUACUUCACGGAUAGCCAAAAAGGGAAACAAGAAGUGCCUCUGAGAGGCGACAACAUCGCCUGGGACUCAGACAAGAAUAUCAAGUUCAAGAACCCUCCCGGCAAGACGCUCGAUGACAAGGAAGGUGGAGCCUUCGAGAACACGGUAAAGCCCCUGUACUGGACGAAGCCCGUCUUUAAGCUCGGCUCGCCGCCCAACAACACGGGCUAUGAGAACGAGGAUCUCAUCGUCUGGAUGCGUACCGCUGCCUUCCCCUCCUUCAGGAAACUCUACCGCCGCGUCGACAACUCUAACCUGGAAUUCAAAAAGGGCUUGGCUGCUGGCCUGUACACGCUGCAUGUUGACUACAACUACCCCGUGCACACGUUCGGGGGGCGUAAGCGCAUGAUCCUGUCGACCACCUCCUUCCUGGGGGGCAAGAACAACUUCCUGGGCAUCGCCUACAUCACCGCUGGCUGCGUCUGCUUCCUGCUUGGCGUCGUCUUCCUCGUCAUACACGUCAAGUUCGGCGAGAGGACCACGAACCACUUGAACAUCAACCAGAACACCCCCUACACGAAGUGAUCCUCUGUUGGGGACCAGACUGGGACCGCGGCGUCUGUCAGCACCGUCUCUGGCCUGCAUGCUCUUGAUCAUCCAGGCCCUCUCACCAACACCUCCAACAACGACAACAACGUUACAGGCAUCGGACGCAGCGACAAUCAAAUUUUCGGGAUUAUUAACACCACCAACGAGACAAAAGUCCUCAACGAAGUCAAAGCUCUUGUGUCUGAGAUGCAUAAAUUAGACGAAGGAUGUCGGAUCGGCAGAGCUUAUGAAAGGGGAAGUCGGGAUUUAAAUUCAAUUGCGAGUUGUGAAGGCCUUGGUAGAGGCUCCAAUGUUUCUGCCGAGCCGUGCAAGAAGAAAACUAUGAGCUACACAAGUGAGCAAACCGGGGCAAUUCGAAGUAAAAUUGUUGAGCCCUGUGACCAGAAGCGUUUCAACGUCAUGCAAGGCCUCGACAAUUUUGGUUUCGAUGCUAGCGAAGUCCCCCUCAAAAGUCAGCACAAAUCACUACAAAAGAAGCCUUUGUCUUCAGUCGAGUCUUUCGUGACAGGCAAAGGCCAGGCGAUUUUGUCUUCGGCACAGCCUCGCAUGAUAGGCAAAGACUGCGACUUGGUACAUUGCCUGUGAUUUGAUGGGCAUGUGUGAGCCGAACUUCCAACUCUCAUCUCCUGUCUCCUGAUUAGAUUGGCCAGUAAUUGGUACUCAUGGUAGCUCGUAUAUUUAAAGUAACUCUAUUAAUAAAGGUAACUCUGAAAUCGAUUCCGGUGUAUACGGAAGCUGCCAACGUUUUUUUUGCAUCAAUGUUUCUAAAAACAAGUAAGAGAACUUGGAUUAUAAAUGAUAAUAAAGUUGCGCUCGUUUGUGAUGUUAAAAUCAUGUAUUAUCUUCAAGAAAUGCUUCAUCUGGAACAAGCGCGAGUUGAGGCAGGAGAUGAGGUUGAGGUCGCUGCUGUGUACCUUUGCCUGAGAGGGACAAUGUGAUCACGCUUCGGGGACUCACGCACAUUGUUCGAAAAAAAAACUGCGGGGAAACGGUUUGACCGGCGAUUCAUUGGCUGGCUGUGCCGUAUAAUUCGAACACGAUGCUUCGUGGUUCAUAUGCUAAGUCCCAAAAAACGGCGGCCUCGUUUAAUUUCACGGGGAGGCCACCCACUAAAACGCUAGUCCGACCGUUUUUUUUUUUUUUUGAACAGUGCCAGUCUCAGCUCAUAAAUUUUGAAGACAAUAUUGGAUCAAUAAUCCCGUACUAACCUUUUCUGGUCUGCUGGUUUGCCGGUCUACUUUCAAUGUGGGGUAGGUAAAUAUCUCGCUUUUUCUUCGAUAUGUGUAUGCAUCUAAGAUUUCUAAUUACUUUUUACGUUCUAGACCAAAUCCUUCUGGAAGUGAAGUUCUUACCUUUGGCCACUCCACUAAUAUUGCGGACUUUUUAUUUAUAAACUCGAGCUAAAAUAUUCCAUUUAAUACAUCUUAAUGAAAUUACGGAUUUAGUCUUGGAAUUUCUUAUAGAAUACCUAUGGAUAAAUUAACUCUAGGUCUCUGACGUUUCUUCACUAAUGUCGACUACAUGAUAUACUUUAAUUCCCACAUGAAACUUACUACAGGCUUUUUACCUUGCCUCUGCACAGUAUAUUACAGAACCAGCGUUUUGAUACGCACGCGCACCAGAGUUUGGGUUGAGGUGGAUGACUUACACGCUCGUUCUUGUAGUUAUUAACACUAAUAUUGUUGUUGUGGUGUCUUUUAGUCACUAGUGUCACUAUUAUUAUUAUUGUUCUCGUCAUUUUCCCUGCUAUCUUCUUGGCUUCAGGAUAAGUAGGUGUUGGUGUGAAGCUCACGCAACGCAAAACAUUUUUUCCUUUUUAUAUUUUUGAGGCUGAAGACUGGGUUAGAUUUGAGGGGAAACUAUAGAGCCCUUGGUUAUUUAUCUUAUGAAUGGUAUUGCUAAAUAAUGAACAAGUAAUGUAUUCCAUAGACAUUUACUUCAAAAUAAUGUUCACUCUGAGAAAUUAAUUUUUGUGGACGAGAUUUUCUUCUUAUUAUUUUUCGCCGUUGGUGUACCAUUUUCUCUUGUACCUUGUUGGCCUUUUGCAGGUGUGCGCUAUUUCCAUGCCUGUAAGAACACCAGUCAAUACUCCUUCUAGUUUUCCUCCAAAAUUACUAACUGAAGACGUAAAUAAACGAUCGCCUUGUGUACUGUUGAGCUGCUCUAGGUGUUGAAUCGGUGGUGAAGUAUGGUGAGCUGUUGAAACGGUGGUAAAGAAUGGUGAGCUGUUGAAACCGUGGUGAGCUGUUGAAAUGGUGGUGAAGAAUGGUGAGCUGUUGAAACUGUGAUGAGGUGUUAAAGUUGCGUUGUUUUGUUGAAACGAAGAUAUAGUUUUCAAGAUAUGGUGAGGUUUUGAAAGAAUUGUAGUGUGUUGAAUUUGCGUGACAGGUCCCAGAUGUUGUUACUGUAGAUGACUUGAACGAGCAACAGGUUUAUUGCAGCCAGAAUAACAAUUGAUCAGCAUUUACUGGAUCUCUAAUCUCGCUCCGCUAUUCUAUGUCAUGCCAUUUGUUCCCAUUAUAUUUCUCAUAUUAAUAUCAUGCCCGUGUCAUAUUCUUGUCCGUCUCUUCACGGAAUAUUUACAAUGAUAUUCUUUUAACUUCAUUCUUAUUCCAUCUGUGUUGUUAAGAUAAUUGACUUACUACCUUCUUGUCGAGCUCUUGGCAAAAUAUUUACGAUAGACAUCAAUCCAUUUGUACCAUACAAAUGGUCUACAUUCAUACAAAUGAUCUACAUUCAUACAAAUGAUCUACAUUCAUACAAAUGGUCUACAUUCAUACCAAUGGUCUACACUCAUACAAAUAGUCUACAAAUGUUAUACGGGUAAUUAGCCCCAGAUCCCAUUAAGAAAACUUCAAUAUCAAUUCAGUUGCUUUUACCGUAUCGGCAACGGCGAUUUUUAGGCAACUUACAAAAAUUAGCAUUAGUUUCAUUUAUUUACCCCCGAUAGUUUACAAUGACGACUUUUGUGUUGCGUGUUGUGUUAACUAAGUCAUUUUUGUGUCAUAGUUUUAACGGACACUUCGUGUGUCAUUUUUAUUUCUUAGUCUCACUUGAUCCCUACUUGUAACCUGUGAUUUUCCGUACGCUUCGUUAUCUUCAUUUCUUUAACAUUCAAACUUGUACUCGUUGCUGCCGUGUAAGACAAAAUUAUAUAAUGAUGAUGUUAAUGGAUUAGAAGAAUAUUGGAUUAGAAUUUUAAUUUCAG